AGACGAGACGAGAGAGGUUGUGUUGAAAAAAAAAGAAACAAAAAGAAAGAAAGAGAAAAAACCCUCCCAAGCCCGCCCACAAAUUUGGCAUCAAAUUUUGAACCCCCGCUCUUACACAGCCCGCCCUAAAAAUCCCCAAUUUUUCUUUCAUUUCCUUCCAAAUCCCCAAAAUCAAACACUCAGAGCCAUUAAUUUUAGGGUUUCUUCCAAAACCCCAAACCCUAGGGUUUUAGCAAUAUCUCUGUGUCUCGCUUUGAUUUUCGCUGUUUGGUGUUUCUGCGCUGUUGAUUGGGUGUGCCCAUGGCGUCGGAAACCCUAGAGGAGAAGAAGCCCGAGGACGAAGCUCCUCCUGCCGAGGGAGACAAAGCGGAGGUCAAGCCCGAAGCAGAGGAAGCUAAGGAAGAGAGCAAAGAAGAAGAAGAAGGAGAGGGAAAAGCCAAGAAAGAGCAAGAAGCUCCUGCUGAGAAAGAAGAAGAGCCCAAAGAAAAAGACGUUGAAGUUAAAGGUGAAGAAGAAAGCAAGGAGGAGAAGGAAGGCGAGGUGAGCAAGAAAGGGAAGAGAGGUCGGAGGGGGGGUUCGAAGAAGGACCAGAGCGAGCUGAGGAAGAAGAAGAAGCCGAGCGAGGAGUCAGCCGAGGAGGAGAGGAAGGAACCGGUUACGCCGGCAAGCGAGAGGCCGACGAGGGAGAGGAAAACGGUCGAAAGGUACUCAGUGCCGUCGCCCGGAAGGUCUGCAAGGUCUUCGGCGAGCAAAGUGUUGUCGAUUGAGAAGGGUCGUGGUACGCAGCUUAAGGAAAUUCCUAAUGUGGCUUUCAAGUUGUCCAAGAGAAAAACUGAUGACAACCUGCAAAUACUUCAUACAAUACUUUUUGGAAGGAAAGCUAAGGCACAAAUUUUGAAGAGAAAUAUAAGCCAGUUCUCAGGAUACGUGUGGACGGAGAAUGAGGAAAAGCAGAGGGCAAGGGUGAAGGAGAAGAUUGACAAGUGCGUUAAGGAAAAAUUGAUGGAUUUCUGCGAUGUGCUUAAUAUUCCAAUAAGUAGGUCUGGUGUGAAGAAGGAAGAGCUCUCUGUGAAGUUACUGGAGUUUUUGGAAUCCCCCCAUGUGACAACUGACAUUUUGCUUGCUGAUAAGGAGCAGAAAGGUCAAAAGCGUAAGAGGAAGGUCACACCGAGCAAAACUGCUAGCUCUGGAGAAGCAUCUGCAGAAGCAGAACCCAAGAAACAGAAACAAACACCUCAAGUUGCAAAACAGCAAAAACAGUCAUCUGAAGUUGAGGAAGAAGAAGACGUUGAUGAUAAAGUUGAAUCUUCUGAUGCAAAAGAUGAAUCUCAUGACGAUGAUGACAAUGAAACAAUGCCAAAUGAAGAAAGUGACCAUGAAGAAAGUAGAUCGGAGGAAGAAGAAGAUAAACAAAAGGAGCAGAUGUCAAAAAGCUCAUCCAAAAAAGUUCAGAAGGAUGGUUCUGUGAAAAAAGUGAAAGAGAAACCCAUACCUGUCAAAAAGGCUACCCCCGCCAAAACUGUGAAAACUCCUGCAAAAUCUACAAAAAAAGCAUCUAGUUCAGCUUUGAAAAGAGGUGCUAGUGAUGCUGAUGGAACAUCUGGCUCACAUUCAAAGCCAAAGGGAUCGACAUCUAAAAAACAGAAAGUUGAAAAGGGAAGCCAGAAAGACGUUAAAGAGAAAGAUACAAGUAAGAAACAGCGAACCAAGACUCCAGCCAAGGUCUCAAGCAAGGAUCAAGGAAAGGGCCAAACUAGGAAGAAGGCAAAGGCAGAACCCAGCAGAGAGGAGAUGCAUGCUGUAGUUGUUGAAAUUCUGAAGGAAGUGGACUUCAAUACAGCUACUCUAUCCGAUAUUCUCAGGCUACUUGGUACCCACUUUGGUGUUGAUUUAAUGCAUAGAAAGGCUGAGGUGAAGAAAAUAAUUACAGAUGUGAUAAAUAACAUGACUGAUGAGGAAGAAGAAGGAGAGGAGGCUGAGGAGAAUGCUGAGGCUGGUGAUGAUGCGGACAAAGAUGGAGACAAGGAUGAGGAUGCUUAGUUUAUUGGACUGGGCCAGAAAAAAUUCUCUGGCGUUUGCAUAAUAUUUGAGGCAUGUAGUGCAUUCUUCAGGUAGAUCAUCUUUCUACUGGGGAUCUUUCAGUUUCUAUGAUUGACAAACUACAGUUGAUGUCUAGAUCUCGUGACCUUUUCCAUAUACAUGUACCCAACUGGGUUUCUUUGUACCAUAUAAAUUAACCUCUCUUGUACUGA